AUGAACACCAAUGUCUGCGUGGAGCCCGGGCCGAGCCCGGAGGCCCCGGGCUUGCCCAAGGAAAGCCACCUGCCCGAGGGGGCCCUGAACAGCCUUGUGGAUUACAACUCGGAGAUGGAGCGCUACCGCUCCUUUGCCACCUCCUUCUACAAGACCAACGGGGGCGCCUUCCCGCAGGCGGCCAAGAUCGCGCGCAUCACCACCCCCAUCUUCCCCAGCAGCGCCGCCGCCGCCGCGGCCGCCGCGCGCAUCGGCAUGUCCCCCUGGAACUGCGACAACGCGGCCACCGCCGCCGCCGCCACCGCCAUGCUCUGGGGCAGCGGCGGGGGCGGGGGCGGCGGCGGGGGCGGCGGCGGCGGCGGCGGGGGCGGCGGGGGCGGUGGCGGGGGCGGCGGGGGCGGCAGGAAAUCCUCCUCCGCCGCCGCCUCCUCCUCCGCCUCCUCCUCGGCAAUCCUCCCCGCCGGCGGUGGCGGCGGCGGUGGCGGCGGCGGCGGUGGCGGCGGCGGCGGCGGCGGCAGCAGGACCAGCAUGCACCACCGAAACGACUCCCAGAGGCUGGGGAAAGCUGGCUGCCCGCCAGAGCCGUCGUUGCAAAUGGCAAAUACUAAUUUCCUCUCCACCUUAUCCCCUGAACACUGCAGACCUUUGGCGGGGGAAUGCAUGAACAAGCUCAAAUGCGGCGCUGCUGAAGCAGAGAUAAUGAAUCUCCCCGAGCGCGUGGGGACUUUUUCCGCUAUCCCGGCUUUAGGGGGCAUCUCAUUACCUCCAGGGGUCAUCGUCAUGACAGCCCUUCACUCCCCCGCAGCAGCCUCAGCAGCCGUCACAGACAGUGCGUUUCAAAUUGCCAAUCUGGCAGACUGCCCGCAGAAUCAUUCCUCCUCCUCCUCGUCCUCCUCAGGGGGAGCUAGCGGAGCCAACCCGGCCAAGAAGAAGAGGAAAAGGUGUGGGGUCUGCGUGCCCUGCAAGAGGCUCAUCAACUGUGGCGUCUGCAGCAGUUGCAGGAACCGCAAAACGGGACACCAGAUCUGCAAAUUUAGAAAAUGUGAAGAGCUAAAGAAAAAACCUGGCACUUCACUAGAGAGAACACCUGUUCCCAGCGCUGAAGCAUUCCGAUGGUUCUUUUAAAGCAGUAGUAUAUCUUAUUUUCAAGGCAUUUGGAAGUGAAGGGCAAACUAAUGUCUUGUUUUAAGAAACUGCUUAGUCCACCACUGAAGAAAAUAUCCAGAUAUUAUUUUCAUUUUAUGUAUAGGGGUUUCUUCAAAACAAAACAAAACAAAACAAAGGAAAAGAAAAAAAGACAUAUAAAAAUAAUCUGGGAGUUUGGGGAAUUGGCCAGUCUAUUUACUUUCAAUACACUGAUUCUUUCUUUGAUGUAACUUAGCUAUACUAGUGAAGUUGUUGUCUAUUUUGGAAGUGGCUGUAAAAAAAUAAGUUUGGGUAAACCCCUGCUGUAAAAUCAUGUAUCUUUGCAAAGUACAUAUCUAUACUUCAUUUUCAAAUAUAUGUGUUUCAGUACUGUAAACUGUACAGAUAGCAGCUUGUAUUUUGUGUGUUUAGACACAAGGAGACAAUCAUGUCUGAGCAUCUAUGGAGAUUAACAGUUUGUACACAACAGUAUGGUUCUGCGAGUUAAAUCUGGAGCAAUAAAUUUUAGCUUUAACUAUUUUUUGCCAGUUGUUUCUAGAAGCAGCAACAGCAGUGGCAUGUUUUGCCAUGCAUCUUUCCGUAGAGACUUGAUGCCAAGUUUUACAAGACUAAAAGAUGAUGAUGCAUCCAGCAAUUACCUUCAGUUGUAUUGUUAUAAGAGGGGGAAGAUGUUAUGAAAGUUUCAAUUAAUCUUUUGAGCACUAUAUUAGAGUAGUGGUUAUGCACUUGCAUUGCUUACAAACGAGCUGUACAGAAGGGUAUACCUCCCAAAUACUUAGUGUAGUUGACUUGUCUUGGGUUGCACUGUAAGGCGGAGUACUCACAGUAGUUGGAACAUGCAGCAUCAGUUGUAUAACUUUUUUUUUAAAAUCAGUGUUUUCUAGGAUACAGAGAAAAGUAUCAUAUCUUAGGGGAGAAAUUCAUGAUUGAUUUUUUUUUCUCAGCCCAGC